AUGGCGAGUACAGAUGCACAAGUCGAGCCAGUGGCUCGGGUGACCUACCUGGCAGGCUAUAUCUUCCUCUCCUACGUUAUUAGCGCAAUGGGAUGCGCAACCACAUUAGAGCUUCUCCACCGCCGGACAUCAAGAUCCGGUCUAUACAACUGGUACCUUCUCCUAACAUCGUCAAUCACCAUGGGUGGCAUCGGAAUUUGGUGCAUGCAUUUUAUUGGAAACCGCGCAAUCGUGCUCGGCAAUGGCGAACCCAACAUCCAGAUUCUAUACAACGUCGCUUUCACAGGAACCUCCUUCGUGCUCCCAGUGGCAGUACUACUCUUUGCCUUCUAUGCAGUCGGCGUGGAAGAGAAGGCAGGUUACCUGCGAAUCCUAAUUGGAGGCCUGCUCACCGGUAGCUCGGUCUGCGGCAUGCAUUAUGUCGGUCAACUCGGAAUUUCGAACUACAGCUGCUCUUAUCACCCAGCCAAUGUCGUGGGGUCGGCCAUCAUCGCUAUUUUCUCCAGUAUUGCUGCCUUGGGUAUCUUCUUUCGCUGGAGAGCUUCCUGGACCGAUAGCUGGUGGAGACGCGGCAUAUGUGCGUGCUUGUUAGCCGUUGCCGUCACUGGUAUGCAUUGGACCGCGGCGGUUGGAACCUCGUACAGGGACCAUGAUCGCAAUGUCGUCAAUGGAACCCAGCUGUCAAGAAGUCAAGUUGUGAUCGUUUGCGCUGUGCUGGCUUGUGUUGCGUGCGUGAUUUUGUCCGCCUGUGCUAUUGUUGCAGGUAGCAAUCGCCGAAAGUCGACGACUCGUGCCCACCAGCUUGUUCUUGCUUGCGUGUACUUCGAUCCUACUGGACGGGUUAUGGUCACCCCUCAGGCUCUUCUCCCAACACGCAAGAUUGUUGAUCAUUAUAUUGGAAGGACCUUUAAAGAUGACGAUCUCACCCGAACACACCCAACCUUCCUUUGGGCCUUUAGGGCGACUCGCAACUGGCCAGUUGUGAAAGACCUAGUACCGUUCAUGCGAAACCGCCUCAAUUCCGAAGAAAGUGCCAUUCAAAAACACGUCCUCUCACGAGGAGUAUUCAUGGACAAAGAUACCGAGUUACAGACCGACUUUGAUACAUUAUUCAAACAGCUCUUCUGUGUCACGGCCCAGGAACUCUCAGAUGAGCUUCGAUUGCCUCUCCAAGAUCUAGGGACGCUUUAUGACGACGUCCUAUCAACGGCGAUUCCCGUGUCUCGACUCUCUCGUGCAAUGGGACGCUCCUCCCUACGAACGGGCAAAGGUCAAAUGAUGUUCUCUGUCCGUCAGCUGAAUAAAAUAGAAUCAGCGAGACUUUCUUCCCAAGGAUUCCGUUUUGCGACCAUCGAACAUGUCACAGGGACUCUCUCUCGUCGCAUCCACGUCCCAGAAGCAAGCCUGAUUCAUACUCUCCGUGACAUGCGCGACUACGCAAGCACAAACCGCGGCUUUGAAGAAGGCGUCCAUCUCAUCUCCUACGUCAUGCGCCCGACGGUCCACGAUCAUUUCGAGAUCCUCACAACAAAAGGCGUGGGAAACCCCCUCCCAUCAAUAACACUGCCAAUGAAGCAACUCGAACCUCAACACCUACAACUCCUUUUCCAAAUGGAAGGCUGGUCCAUGAACGCAUGUAUAAAGUACCUCCUGUCCGACGCCUCAUCUCGCGCUUUCCCCAACCUUACCGACUUCCGCUCUCAACUCACUCAAUCCAUCAUCUCACUCUCGAAAACCCUCCCUGAAGACAUGCGCAUGGCAGCCCAGCUCUCAGCCCGCCCAUUGACUGCACCUUGUCGCAGCCAACCAUCAAACCCAGAGCAAUCCUUCCAAAGCUGUACGCUGCUCACCUUCUGCGUCGUCGGAACACUAGACACCCAAGUCCCCAACCCAGACUACACAUGGACCCCAUUCCGCCUCUUCCGCGUGCAGCAGCAAGUGAACGAGGCACUCGCAGACCGCGAAAGCUUCGCCCGUGAGCUAGGCCAAGAGCUCUUCUGCACAGAUGUGCGCUCCGGGUCCGCAGGCAGCGACAACGAUCUCGCCUCAACAACCAAAAUGGCCAUCUUGCAAUUAUGGCCUUCGCACAAGCGAUCCAAAUCUUCCAAGGGUGGCUCAGGUAGCUCUCUUCACUCGCAGGAAUCUUUGGUUGAGCCUGCUGCCAUGGCAUUGCGCGAUAUCACUGUCCACAAGGAAGUCAGGGUUGAUAUCACCCGACUGCAUGAGACUUCUACGCAGAAUCCUUUCAAUGGUCAUGAUUCGCGGACUAUUGUUGCCGCUGGCGAGGUGAAUACCCCUGCAACAUAUGUUGAUGAAUUGUACAGCCUUUGCUAUUCGCCGGGCAUUCGUUUCAGGCCUGACUCCUCGCUGCAUCAUAUAUCGCACAUGUCGAGCCGGUGA